AUGAACUAUGUGUAUACAGGCACAAAGAGCAUCCCAUCAAAUACUGAUAACAAGGCAUGGCUUAGGUCGCUGUUCAGGAAUGUGUUACGGUAUGAAGGAUUGGACCAGUUUAUAAGGCUGCGGCUUCAACUACAACCAAAAUCCCAUUGGUUCGUCUCUACUAAAGUAGCAGUUGAUCUGAUAAUAUUUGGGCCCUUGGAUUUACUUGUGUUUUUCACUUACAUGGGUUUUUCUACUGGGAAAAGCACUGCUCAAGUCAAGGAAGAUGUGAAGAGGGACUUUCUCCCAGCCUUAAUCCUGGAAGGUGGCUCGGGGCCAAUUGUUCAGGUUGUCAACUUCCGAUUUAAUCCUGUGAGAUAUCAACUCUUGUAUGACAACUUGUUCUGCUUGUUGGAUAGCUGUUUUCUUUCAUGGAUUGAGCAACAACAGGAUGCUCCUUGGAAGCAAUGGUUCCAAUCUUUUUUGGUUUUGAAGGAAAAAAAAGGCGAAGGUGGAUAG